GGUAUUUACGUAUAUCGGGCAUGGGUUUUUUAUGUCCUUUACAUAAGCCCGUUUGUUCGUUCUUCCUGUUUUUCAUAACCUCACUUUGUACUGUUGGCUGCUUGCCUGUACACCAUCCCCCUCUACCGGGUCACUCUCAAUAUAAGAAGCUUCGGCGGUUGUCAGGGCCGUCGCCGCGCCACAGAUUCUCUUUUUUCACUUUCGCACUCCCGUGCGUGCAACGUUGCAGUUUAGAUGAAUGCCACCCUGGUACUUGCAGAAAUGGCCGUUUCGCUCCUGGGAACGUAACCGGUGUUUCUGAAACCAGUGGGACACAAGCUACGAGACAAGAACAGUCAUAAACUUAAUGAGCCAUGGCAGAACAUUAAUCUAGCUCAAUCGUGGGUUACAAGAGGAAUGAAUAAAAAGGGUAUUGGAAGUAUGUCCAGG